AUGAAGACAGCAGUUGUUCUCGCCCUGGUCGGCUCCAGCCUGGCUGCCCCCACCCCCACCAUUAAGGAGCGCCAAUUCGGCACUAGCAGUGGAUUCGGCUCCCUUACCUCUCUCCUUGGUGACUCCAGCCUGGGUUCCUCCCUCGGUACAGGAACCAGCAGUGGACUCGGCUCCUGGACCUCUCUCCUCGCCGACUCUGGCCUGGGCUCAUCCAGUGGCACAGGCACCAGCAGUGGACUCGGCUCCUGGACCUCCCUCCUCGCCGACUCCAGCCUAGGUUCCUCCAGCAGUGGCCUCAGCGGCCUCAGCGGCCUGAGUGGACUCCGCCACAAGCGCGCGACCGUGUCGUCAACCAUGAACGGAGUCACUGAGAACAGCAGCUGUGAGCCCUUGACGCUCAUCUUCGCCCGUGGAACUGGCGAGUUCGGCAACAUGGGAACCGUCGUUGGACCUCCUCUCGCUACCAAGUUGCAGUCUUUGACUGAUAACAAGGUUACCAUCCAAGGCGUGAACUACGAUGCUUCUGUUGCAGGUGACGCAACCAUGGGCGCAGACGGUGGUUCCGCCAUGGCGACUCUCGUCAAAACCGCUCUUAAAAACUGCCCCAACACCAAGGUCGUUCUGGGUGGAUACUCGGAGGGUGCUAUGGUCGUCCACAACGCGGCCAGCAGCCUUACUGCGGAUCAGGUGGCUGCUGCCGUGCUCUUCGGUGACCCAUUGAAGGCCGAGAGCGUUGGCAAGCUCUCCAGCAGUGAUGUGAAGGAGUUCUGUGCUACUGGUGACCCCGUUUGCUUGAAUGGAGCCAAUGUCAUGGCUCACCUGAGCUAUGGUUCUGAUGCGACCACUGCUGCGGAGUUCUUGAUCAAGGCUGCUGGCAUCUCCACUAGCUCUUAG